AAAUCAGGACGUUUUGCGUUGGUCGAUUCCCAAUUGAUCCAUAUGAUCUUAAAAGCUUCGAGGUGGCGCCGAGAUGUUAAAGCGACCGCAGUCUUAGGACCUCACAAGUAUGAUUGGGACACUACGUUCAAUGUUUCUGCAUCCUAUCGAGUUCAUGCUUUGCUGGACGUUGCACCAGAUUCAAUCGAAAACGAUGCUGAGAUGGCUAAACGUUGGCAAAUUGUCAUCAACGAAGCCUUCAUGGAAUCACGAGCAAAACAUUUCGGUCAAACAAGUGCUCCGUUCAAUCGUAACACUGUUCUUAAUGAUACCCAACCAGUUUCAAGCACUCUGAGGAACAACGAGCGAACAAUCGAUGUUCAGUUAUCAAAAAAAAAACACACACUCAUGGAUUUUCAGAUCGUUGGGAACGAUUGCGGUGCUGAUGGUUGCGUGCAGACGUUCGUAGUUUUUUACAAUAGGCAGCUAGUUCCAGCUGAGGUUAUUUCUUUUGAACUCGGUUGUUUUCCCGAUCAUUCAAUCGGAUCUGUCACUGUUAUCACCAGCCCGGAUAUCAGCGCGCCUAAUGGUCCCGAUUCUCAAAAUUUUCAUAAGAUAUCAACUAUGAAACGCUCGAAACCGUUGACAAUGAGUAAACAAGUGCACGAUCACCUACAUAUAAUGGACGUUCAUUCGCAGUUUUCGCUAGAAACAGUUGAGAUUGCAGCUACUGUCAUAGGGGGAGGAAUAGCCGUCAUAAUGUGCGGUUGGCUAACGUUGUUUAUCUACUACAAUACGUGUGGAAGACCGCAUCAGGCAGCCGAAGGUAAUUCUAUGGUUAGGAAAAUUUACUUCAAGGAUCAGUCAGCGCAAUCGGAGAUGGAAGCUAAUGACAAUGAAGCAGCAGAUGGCGUACAAUACAGGUGUGCAUAA